GUCCCAAACUCACUGAGUGAGAGAGAGAGAGAGAGAGAGAGAGAGAGAGAGAGAGAAAAAAAAAAGAGAGAUAUGACGUUCCCAUCACCAUCAACAGUGUUGGUGAUCAUCUUCACCAUCAUAGUAUCUCCCACCAUAGCCAUUGUUGUGGCUCAGAGCUUGAAGAGCUACAGGAAGAAGAGGAACCCUAUGUUCCCACCUGGACCCAUGGGGUGGCCCCUCGUUGGCUCCUUCUUCUCCUUCUACAAGCCUCGUCCCCUCUCCUCUCUUGGUGGCUUCAUGGAGCAGAACCUCUCAAGGUAUGGGAAGGUGUUCAGCAUGAACUUAUUCGGGGAGAUGAUGGUGGUGUCGGCGGAUGUAGAGCUGAACCGGUACGUGAUGCAAAACGAAAUGAGGUUGUUCAGAAACAACCUACCAGCGCAUAUUCAUAGGUUGAUCGGGGACUUCGCAUUAGUCAUGCUGAUAGGCGAUGUCUACCGGCACAAGAAGGCCAUCAUCGUCCCCUUCAUCAACAUGUUCCGCCAGCAGGCCGACUUCGUUCGCUACAUCGAGCACCUUGCUAAGGGCCUCAUGGCCUCCUCGAACAAGGGAGGGAUCAUUUACGUGAGAGAGUUCGCAACCAAGUUUUCAUUCUAUGUGGUAGCGAAAAAAGCCAUGGGAUUAACCCCAGAGGACCCAGAAGCUGAGCAAUUGCUGAGGGACUACGUGACAUUCUACAAGGGACUAUAUGCAGCUCCCAUUAAUUUUCCCGGAUCUAUGUACAGGAAGGCUUUAAAGGCUAGGCCUAACAUUAUUAAAGCUAUCAAAAAGAAGUUGGAUCAGAGGAAGGCUAAAGAAAGUGUUGAUGAGGAAGAUGAUGAUCUUCUUGGGAGUCUUAUGAAGGAGAGUACUUACACUUGGGAGAACAUUUGUGAUACCAUCCUGGGCUUCAUUUUCGGGGGUGUGGCCACAACCUCAACUGCAAUAUGCUUAGUCUUUUAUCUUCUUGAAAACUACCCUAAAGCUCUAGAAGAGAUGAGGAAAGAGCACUUGGAAUGCAUGAGAUCAAAGAAGGAGAAUGGUGAGGAGAAAUUGACAUGGGAUGACUACAAGAACAUGAGGUUCACACAAAAUGUGAUUAGCGAAACACUAAGGAUUGGAAAUGUUGCUCCGAAUCUGUGGAAGAAGGCUACGAAGGAUGUUGAGUUCAAAGGAUAUUUUAUUCCCGAGGGAACUACUGUGGUAGCCCAUCUUGCUGCUGUACAUUUGAACCCCUCUGUGUUUGAGAACCCAGGGCAAUUCAAUCCAUGGAGAUGGGAUACAAAGGAUGUGAAGAAGGCGAACAACCUGCUCCCCUUCGGCGGUGGCGUCCGACACUGCGUGGGCUCUGAGCUCGCAAGGGUCGAGAUCUCGAUAUUACUUCACUAUCUCAUCCUCAACUAUGACUGGGAAUCCGUCGUGCCCGACCACCCCGUCUCAGCUGCUCUGGUAACUUUCCCUAAGGACUUGCCGAUUCGCGUUCGAGCCGUAGAUUAUAGCCUUUAGAUGAACUAUAUAUGUGAUGGUUGUUGAUCUAGUAAUAUUAGUUUUUAUGUAUGCUCUGCUCAUAUAAAAGAUGAGCUUUUUUAUUAUUGUCUCCCACCAAGCUUAAUUAUGGUUGCAACAUCUAGUAAUAUUAGUUUUUAAUUAUGUAUGCUCUGCUUAUAUAAAAGAUGAGCUUUUUUAUUA